GGGUCCACGUUCAGUUCAUCUGGUUUCCUUGUUGCACCCAGCCAGAGGACAGGACUUUAGAAACCUCACACUUUACUUUCAAAGAAGACAAUUUGUUGCCUCUGCAGAACUAGAGCCGACUUAAAACAUGGUUGAUAGAAGGAUUGCACUGGAGGCGUUGGGUGUGCUCUGCAAUGCCAAUGUGACGUCUGUUCAGCAACAGAGAUCACAACCUGGUGUGUGCAUCCUUCAAGGACGACAGGAGCAGCUGUUCAUCAAGCAGCUCAUCCCCUCUGUCUUGGAUGCAGAUGAAACCUGCCAGGUGUCCAGAUCCAGCUUCUACCGCAUCCAAGCCAUCUUGGAGAGCAGUGAACCGGCAGAUGGCUUCCCCAGGCUGGCCGUGGUGGCUGUUCCAAAGAAGGACCACAUCAUCGAUGAGGAAGAAUUCUUUGCGCCGCAGUUUGACUAUGAUUUCACCAAGCUGACCGACAGCGAGACUUAUUGGAGGGGCGGAGAGAAGUACGAGCGCCCGUGUGGUUGGUACCGCUUUGGCCUCAAGGUCCUGGACAAGUACUGUGGAAACACCUGGCUGGGAACCACAUACCGGAGCACCCAGUCCUGUCCAGGGGAGUGGCCCGUGUCCUACCACGGGACAUCAAAGAAAGGUGCUGAGGGCAUCAUCGGAGACCACUACAAGCCAGGCUCAGGGCAGGUGUAUGGCAGGGGGAUUUAUUCGACCCCGGACAUGUCUGAGGCGAUCCACUACGCCAAAACAUUCACCUCCAGCACGAAUGGCAAGAAGUACAAAGUGAUCCUGCAGAAUCGUAUUAACCCAGAGUACAGAAAGAAAUACUACAACGACAGGUACUGGCUGAUCCCCAUCCCGCAGGGAACCUCUGACGCAGAGGAGCAGGAGAUGGUGGACAGGGCCAUCCGCCCCUACGGCCUCCUGCUGAAAGAGAUCUGAUGUAGAGGAAGCUCACGCAGAUCUGUGGUUUUGCGACGUCUUUGAAGCAAUAAAUGUGUCCUCUGAGGCAGAUGAAUUUGGGCAAAAUAAUUUCAGAGCUGUAUGUGUGCUAUAUGGAAAGAUGAAAUAAACAAACAGCAUACUCA